CGCUACUUUUUUGUGCUUUGUUUUUCCGGUUGUUUUGACUCGUGCCUAUUAUUUCCCAUAGAUUUUGUUUUUCCGGUUGUUUUGACUCGUGCCUAUUAUUUCCCAUAGAUUGGGUGUGUUGUAUCUGUAUAGACUCGAUGGACGUUUCCACGCAGAUCCGUGAUGUUCCCUGCGUUUCUUCAUGUCUCCGGUACUUCAGCUUACAGUGCACUCGAUCCAUAGCAUACCUGUUCCUACUCGUGAUGUUCUGGAGGAGUGGUAGUUCUCACGCUGUAGCGAAGGAAGACGUACUCGUCUAUGGCGUGAUGCCCGCCGUAACUCCUGUUGAUCUGCCGGGACGCUGGCUCCUCUCACCCGGAAGGCAUGUUUUGGCGGAGCGGUCCGCGACUUCGCGGGCUGCCCUGUCCACUUCCGCGGCUUCGUCCCCUCCUCCCUCGAGUGCGGCUUCGCCAGCUGCUUCGUCUGCGUCUUUAUCAGCUGCUUCGUCUGCGCCUUUAUCAACUGCUCAGUUCUCCGCUGUGCCGUCCACUGCUUUGCCCUCGUCUGCUGUUUCGUCGGCUCUUCUAUCUUCAACUUCUUCGUCCGCUCCUACUUUGUCCGCUCCAUUACCGUCUGCGGCUUCGUCGGCUACGCCCUCGUCUUCCGCUUCGUUAGUAGGUCCGCUUGCGGCUGCAGCUCUGGCUAAGCCGCUCGCGUUUACGGCUUCUUCGGCUCUUCCCUUGUCUACGGCUUCGUCAACUGCUCCGCCCUCGUCUGCGGUUCCGUCAGGUGCUCUGCCUUUGUCUGAGGCUCCGUCAGAUGCUCCACCGUCAUCUUUGGCGUCGCCAGUUUUGUCCACGCCAGACCCGGAGCCGCAGUCGGGGUUCGUUCGUUCGAAUACCGCUCUGCUUCUCUCAAGCAGAUUCGUGUGGUUGCACACGGCCACUCCUCCGUUCCUGCUCCCAGAUACUAAAAAACUCUCCUGCCGCCUUUCUGCCACUGACUUAGUCUUCCCCGCCCAAAGUACGGCAUUUUACAUCAUGCUGGUAGAGCACUGCUUCACGCAGGGCGAUGUCACUCAUCACCGCUACUCGCUCUGGAAAGCAGAUCUCGCUCAAGCGGAUCACGAUGCUAGUGGCCUCGGUCACGAGGAGCUACUCAGCUACUGGUGGCCGUACGUCGAGGGAAGCGGAUCAGCUGAGAAGACACCAUUCAUCCAGUACGCUGGCGCAAACGACACCUUGUUGAUGGCCGCCGUUUAUGCCAUGGUUCUCACGCGAACGGAGGAGAGCCUUAUCGUCUUGUCAAACCCAUCUGUGAACCCCGAGUUCACUUACUCCACGAUCUCCACUUUGUCGACAACAAAUGGCAAUAGAAGUUCUAAAUCGCUAACGGUGAGUACUGCUGUCAGUUUGACGUUCAAUCCGAACAAGACGAAGCUGUACAUAACUCAAGGCGUUGGCCCCUCUCGGAUUCUAUCCACUCCCGUGCAGGAGUCAGGGAUGCCCAUCGAUGGCGCACAAUGGCAAGAAGUCAAAACAUUCUCUCCCGGCGACGAUCAGGAUAUCAAGAGUAUAGCGUUCAGCUCACAGAGCUUUGUAUCAGACGAGCGCUGCCUCUAUUUCCUGGACAUUGAGAACGUUCGCGUGUGGGGAAUCGACCCCCUUGCUUCUAACACCACUAAUCCGGUGCUCGUCGCUGGAUCCGGGUUGAGAGGACUUGUUGAUAAGGACGGAUUGAACUCAUCCUUCAACAACUUGACAGACAUCGCCGCGACUCCCGACGGAUGCAACGUCUUCGUCAUCGACUACUACUACGGUGUGCUUCGCUGGCUUCAGCUGGACUCGCCGUGCUCCCUGGCUCGCCGUGUGACGACGGUAGCAAGUUACAGCGAGUUACAAACGCUGAGACUCCGUCAGUCCGGCGACGACUACUGCCUAUACGUCGGGGCGAACGAUGGCUCGGUGACUGAGCUGAAAAUAAACGUCUCUCACCUGCACUCUUGCGCGCCUCAACCGCCAUCGUCAGGCGGCGACUCCCCGUCUUCUUCUAACGCGAACGGCCCCGCUUCUGCCUCUUCCCCUCCAACUUCGGCCUCGCCAUCCGGCGAGCCCUCUGGGCCGAAAACAACCCCGAGGGGACCUCGCAAUCUAGCUUUAACCGUGGUUAUCCCGCUGUCUCUUCUCGCAUUCCUUGGCCUGGCCGCUUGCACAAGCUUCCUCAUAUUCAGAAAGUCUCGGCGUGACCGCGAAGAGGAACAGCCGAAGAUCAUUUCGAGGACCAAUGGCAGUGCGAAUACGGUGGCAACCACUGUCUCACUGUCGGGGCUGGCCGGGUUCGCGGGGGGGGGCGGGUUUGUGGGGGGGGGCGAAGGGCUUCAUCCCUCGCAGGUGAAGCAGUUCUCGCUUGAAGCUCUGUCGUUUUGCACUCGGAACUUUAGCGAGUGCUACCGCAUCGGGCAGGGGGGUGCGUUUGGUAAUGUCUACUGGGGUUCGAAGGAUGGCGACAACGAGUUGGCGAUCAAGGUCAUGACAGGCAAUCUGACAGCGGAGAAAAGAAGCAUGUUCGUGGCGGAAGUUAACACGCUGAGUAGAGUCCAUCACGCCAACCUCAUUCGACUCGUUGGAUACUGUCACGAGGGUAAUCGCUCGAUGUUGGUGUAUCCCUACUUUCCUGGGGGCAGCUUGUUCGCUCGUUUGCACGAGAGAGAGAAAGCCGUUCCGGGGAAACCUUCCAUCCCGCCUCUGACGCUCGUGGAGCGGAUGUGCAUCGCCUUGCAGAUCGCUAAGGGCCUAGCCUACCUCCACGAGGGCGCCGAUCCGCCCGUAAUCCAUCGCGACAUUAAGAGCAGCAACGUGCUCCUUGGCGAUGGCUCGGGGGAGAAAUUGCACGUCGUGGUCGCGGAUUUCGGCCUUGCGACUAUGGGAGAGAGAGUGUUCGGCACGCAGCGUGAGACGGUGGUGAAGAGCUUGCAGAUGGCGGGGACGUUCGGUUACAUGGCCCCGGAGUACAUGAUGGGAGGAAUUCUCUCGGAGAAGAAUGACGUGUACGCAUUCGGCGUUAUCCUUCUGGAGCUGCUGACGGGGCGGAGGGCCGUGGCAAAGGCACCGUCUGGGGUUGGAUGGGAAGCCCUAGCGGACUGGGCGAAGCCGUUACUGAAAAGAGUAUCCGUCGGUGUCGAGAUUCCGUACCAGAUUCUGGACCCCUGUUUGCGUGAUCAGGCGGCGGGAUUCAGGUUCAGCCGUAUGGUUGCCGGGGCACUUCAUUUGGCGAGCGAGUGUCUUCGGGAGGACGAUCAAGCGAGGCCAGCGAUGUGCGGAUUGGUGGAGAAGAUAGGCAAUCUGCUCAAUGAAGCGCACAGGUAAUCGCAUACGAAUAUGUCAUCAUGAAAGAAGCGAUGUCCGAACGGACCAUGGUGGUCCCCUAGGUUACUGGCGGGUAGGAGAAUCAUCGCAAGCGACAGCUGUCGAAGACGAGCCUGCUUUAUGUGUAUGACUUAUGAGGCUUCUACUAGAAUAAUGGCGUAGGAGCUGGUUAUCGAUAAUUAACAGGUUGGAGGACAGGAUCGGGUCGAUGGAUCGUGCCAAGAAGGGACAAAUUGUCGGAAGGUUGGAUUGAUGGUGUAUCUGUAGCGAGUCCGCGGAAGCAGGCCCAUUCUAGCUGAGGAUGGUGAGGGUGAGCACGGUGAGAUUGACAACCAUGUACGACACUCCGACAUCAACGCUGAGACAACCAAGCAGCACAAGACCGAGACAACCAGGCCGCAACUCAUCUGAUGAAUGACUGAAUGAAUCACGAAGAGACAACUAUAUCGUGAGCUGGAGCUAGACCCUAGCAGGCAGGGCGGGCCUGCAGCCCGGUCCUAUACAGUGGGGCCAGGCUGAGGGCCUGGUCAGGCAUAUGCCCAAACAGGCAGGGCCUGAGUAGCACGGCUACUGACCACUUCGCUUUGUGGCAAGAGGCAGCGAGGAAAGUGACAGAUGGGCAGGAGGUCAGUCAUGUAGAAGGGCAUGAACGAUGAUGGCAGGAAGACUGGGAGUUGCCUGGAUUGAUUGUGGAAAAACUCAGGCGAUAUAUCUCGAGCGGAAGGGAGAGUAAGGGGAUUAGUGGCAGGAGGAGGUUCAUAGACUAGGACAGAAGACGACGUGAUGCAGGGAACCGGAGGAAUACGAAAGCAGACGUAUGGAUUUACAACGACCGGCGAAGGGUGUUGUUACUUGAUAAGAGGAAAGGACAGCAGUAAGGGCUUGACACCGCAGGGAGGGAUGAAACGUUUUCGGAAGAGCAGGCCCUCACCAUGACUUACGAAUAUAAGGAGGGAGGAACCAUCGUGAGUGUCAUGGACUGUCUUUUUGUUUAGUUUUUCCAAAGCUGCGUCGGUGCUUGGCCGGUGACAGUAGGAUAGAGUGUGGGUGAUUGAAAAGAAGUAAUUGUGAUAACCCGUCCAAACACGGACUGAAACACACAGCUGAUUUCUGAGUUUUGCUCAUAGACUGAAUGCCCUACUGAG